AUGGAAAAACGAAUCAACCUACAGACUUUCGACGAUGAUAGCCUCCGGGUCAGGGGCAAGAACUCCGUAUCCGACUCAAAAGGCCAGGGGUUUGAUCGCGACAGGUAUGAGCUUGCGAGAGUGGGAAAGGAGCAGGUCCUGAAGCGCCGCUUUGGACUGGUAUCCAUGACUGGUCUUUCCUGUGGGUUAAUGUGCACUUGGGAAACUCUGCUUGUCAUUUUCUCCAUAGGCUUCACCAACGGCGGACCUGCUGGCUUGAUUUACGGCUUCAUACUCAUAUGGCUCGGAAACUUUUCUGUCUUUGUUUGCAUUGGAGAGCUUGCAAGUGCCGUUCCAACAGCCGGAGGCCAAUACCAUUGGGUUUCUCUGCUUGCGCCGCGAUCGAACAAGAAGUUCUUCAGCUACCUAACUGGCUGGCUUACCGUGAUUGGCUGGAUUGCCGCACUCACUUCCGUAUGCUACUUCGUCUCCGACCUGAUCCUGCAGCUUGUCAGUCUGAACUCAGGUAGCUAUCAUAGAGAAGGGUGGCAUGGCACACUUCUCUUAUGGGCAAUAUUGCUCCUGUGUGUCUGCAUCAACGUUUUCAUUAGCGGAGCACUACCUACCAUCGAAGUCGUCGUCUUGAUCGUGCAUAUUCUUGGCUUCUUCGGUAUUCUUGUUCCUCUGGUUUACCUGUCGCCCACGCACAAUUCGGCCAAGGAGAUCUUCCUGACCUUUCACAAUGAAGGAGCGUGGAGCACUCAGACACUUGCCUUCUUCGUAGGUCUACAAGGCAACGCGCUGGCAUUUGUUGGGACGGAUUCGGUUGUACACAUGUCGGAAGAAGUCAAGAACGCAAGCACAGACGUCCCACGAUCAAUGCUACUCAGUCUCGUCAUCAACGGCACUCUGGCACUAGGCAUGCUUCUCGCGGUUCUCUUCAGCGCGCACGACAUCCCACAACUGCUCAGCGAUGUCGAUGCACCAACUGCCCCUUUCCUCCGCAUCUUCAGCCACGCCGUUGGAUCCGAAUUGGGCGCCACCAUCAUGGUAUCAAUCAUUGUCCUCCUAGAAUUCUGCAGUGCAAUGGGCUGUUUGGCCGCCGCGUCUCGCAUGACAUGGUCUUUUGCCCGCGACCGCGGCCUCCCUUUCUCCCGGGCCCUCAGCAUCAUCGACAAACGAAGCACCAUCCCCGUCAUUGCUAUCCUCGUCGUAACCGUAUUCGCCGCCCUUCUCGCCCUCAUCAACAUCGGCAACAGCGCCGCUUUCAACGGCACAAUCUCCCUCGUCCUUGAAGGCUUCUACCUAUCCUACCUGCUUGCUAUUGGCCUGCUCCUCUGGCGCCGUCUCCGCGGCGACCUCGAUAACCCCGACUCUUCCCUCACCAUUUUCAACGGCGCAGACGUCGACGAGGCUUACGACCGCAGCUUGACGUGGGGGCCCUGGCGCCUUAAGGGCGCGCUGGGUGUAGCGAAUAAUGUUGUUGCCAUUUGCUAUCUCAUGCUUAUCAUCUUCUUCAGCUUUUGGCCCAGCCAGGUCAGCCCCGAUUUGGUACAUAUGAACUGGGCGGGGGUUGUGACAGGGAGUGUGGCGUUGUUUAGUGUCGUUUACUAUCUGAUUUUUGCGAAGAAGUCGUAUGCAGGACCUAUCGUCGAGGUGGAUCCGCAUGUUCUGUGA